AUGGCUUUUGCUGCUGCUGGUGCUCAGCUCAAGGGUAUGCUCAAGAGAGUAAGACUAAGCCAGUCCACAACUUCAAAGCUUUUCAACCAAGGGUACAAAGUUGUUGAUAGCGACGGUGAUGAUGAGCAAGACAAGGAAGCAAGCUUAUUGAAGGCUUGCACUGAAUGUCCGCAUUGCAAUAGGCAGCUUGAGACCGCUGUGACCCGGCGGCGAGGUGGCGCCAACGCGUAUCUUACUUACAGCGGAUGGGCUACUUCAAUAUUUCUCACCCUGGUGUUGACCUGGCUUGUCUGGUAUCAAGAUCAUGGACUAAAAAGACAAUGCUUUCGUGAAUUAUCUUCUCACUCCCCGCUAUUGCAAGAAGUUCCAGAUACCUUGACUGAGACCAUACGUAAUGGCUCUAUUCGAUGGCCCUCUCCAUACAGAGGGCCGCCCAGUCCUGAUGUAGAUCGGGCGUGGGAUAGAAUUUCCAUGUUUCGCCCACUGAAUAUUCAUCUAACGGACGAAGAAUAUCUCAGGAUUGGCAAGAAUCCUGAAACAGCAGCUCGGAACUCUAUCGAGUAUGGAGGCGGCUAUUUUCUGCAGCCGGAAUUUUCACAUCAACUGCAUUGCGUUAAUCUUCUCCGGAAAGCAUCUCACUUCAAGUACAGCUAUUACAAACAACAUGAUCCAGACUUUAGAGACAAGCAAGAGACUUUUGAAGUACAUUUUGAUCACUGUGUAGAGAUGCUACGGCAAUUCGUCAUGUGCCACGCCGACGUAGGACUUGUGACUGCACACUGGAUCGAGCAGCGAGCUCGUCCGUGGCCUGAUUUCAACACCAAGCAGAUAUGCCGCGAUUUUGAAGGGAUUUGGCAGUGGACAGUAGACCAUCAGCUGCCCGAAGGGGCCCCUAUGAUGCCGCUGAAGCCCGACGGAGCCAAAGCUCUUACCUCACCACCAUAG